AUGAAACCAGUGGCAAAGAGCAGUAGCGACAGUGAGAGCCCGCAACCCAAAGCCAAGUCAUCCAAGACCAAGAAACCAGCCGUCUCAAGCGACGAGGCACCGGUCACUUCGAAAAUCCUUCAACUAAAAAGCCGCAAAGCGAUAGCAGCGAACCGCCGAGGCGCAAGAAAAAAGAUGUCUCGAGCGACGACAGUGCGGCUCCAACUAAAACCAAAGCAUCUGCCAAGGCGAAGCAAAAAACAUCUUCCCGGAAGCCGCCCCCGUCCAGCGACUCGAAUUCUGAAGAGCCACCGCCCAAAAAAUCCACUCGUCUGA